UCUGUUAACCCUGUUAUAUACCCCCAUUCUAAGAGCAGCAACCAUCAGUCCAAGAAGAAUCCUCUAGCCUUCCACUUCCCUUUGACACACCACUCUAAAUUUGAGAGCAGCGAAGAUGAUCUUCGAGCAUGAAGGCCCUACUGAAACGCCAGUAGAUUACCAUCAUAUCGGAUCAAACUUCGGCAACAAUAUCAAUACAGAGAUCGAUCAUGACAACUCAGGAGAGUGGCUGGAUUUGAAACUAGGAACUACUGAACCAUCGACAGCUGCAGAUUCCGACUCUGCAUCAAGGCAGUCUUGUGAAAAGGUUUUCUCAUGCAACUUCUGCAUGAGGAAGUUCUUCAGCUCACAAGCAUUGGGUGGUCAUCAGAAUGCCCACAAGAGAGAGAGGGGAGCAGUUAGGAAGUACCAAUCUCAGAGAAUGAUGACCAUGAUGGGUUUGCCCUUAGACGGUCCAAUCAUCCGGUCUCUAGGAGUCCGGUCCCACUCAUUAGUGCACAAGCCAAGCAGAGAAGGGAAUGGUACGGUUGCAAGGUUUAAUGAUGCAACCUCUGGAAUAGGGAUGAGACAGGUACCCUUCACACUUGAAGAAGCAAUAGAUAUGAUGUGGCCUGGAAGUUUUCGCGUAGAAGCGCAACUGGAUGAGCAACCAUCUGAUCUACUUAAGCUCGACUUGAAUCUCCGACUUUGAUCCAUCCAUCUACUAUCCAAUUUAUAUACCAUGAAAAGUUGCUUCCAUUAAUCCCUUCUCUACUGUAUGGUUUUUCCAUUCUUUUAACCAUGGGGAAAAGAAAUUCCAAGAUGGACCCAAGUAAAAGGUUGAAAUCCUAAAUCUAGGAGAUGAGGAUUCUUCAUAAUACAAAACUACAAGAAACUAUCAGAAUUUCUCCUACUAUUGCAUCUUGUACAGUUGUACUACGGAACCUGACACCUUACUUUCAUUUCCAUUCAGGAUUCCACCUUGAUAUUAUGAUUUAUUGUCCCAAAAGAUCGCAAGAUCCCAAGUUUCAUAAAUUAUUUUUCAGCUAAUGAUUUUUUUUUCA